GUGGAAUAUGAGGCCAGUGUAAAGGGGUUUAAUAUGCGGAGCUGCUGCCCUUAUUUCAGGAAUGUGUAGCGCAGUGGAUUGAUAUGUGGGAGAGAAGUGUGAAAACAUACCAGAGACACAGAUGACCGUGACUUACUUACUUACUGACAUUCAGCCCUUAAAUUAGAGCGAGUUUUUUCUUAGUUUUGCUGAGGUAUCCGCGUUGUUCUGUUUCCGUAUUGAUGACUCGUGCCUGACGUCACCGCCAGUCAUCCAAUCAGCGGGCGCGGAGAGCGGUGUUGUUACAGGCUGGUUGAUUGUGCGGGGUUGUGUUUGUGCUGUUGGGACUGUUGGAAACUGCUGAUCUCCGCGUUAUGUCUGAUGGAGGGUCUUCUCGUGAUGGAUCUCUGUUUGGUGGGAAUGGAAACUUCAGCUCUCUCUGCCCAAACGGAUCAGAGUGGGUUUGGAACGGGCUUGGAGAAUGUGCACAAGACGCUCGGGACAUGUCCAGCGUUAUCCUGGGCCUCCUGUCCAUAGUGUGUUUUAUGGUGUCCAGUUUCCCGCAGUACUAUAAAUCCUGUAAGACUGGGAACAUGGACAGCGCUUUGUCCAUCUGGUUUCUGUUGCUGUGGCUGGCGGGAGACUCCUGUAAUCUCAUCGGCUCUUUCCUGGCUGACCAGCUUCCGCUUCAGACGUACACGGCGGUGUAUUACGUCUGUGCUGAUCUUGUGAUGCUCAGUAUGUAUGGCUAUUACUCGCUACGGCAUAAAGUGGGAACCGGGGGGGACAGAGGGGUGCUGAAUGUAGCCGGGGUGCUGUGUGUGUUCGGAGUGUCCGCCUCUCUGCUGCGUCUUCCAGCUCUAAACACACAGUCAGGAACCGUCUCGAGCUUCAGGGGCCGAUCUCUGCUCGCUGUGGAUGAACAGAUCAGUUCAGUGCAGGCUUUCAGUGCUGUCCAGCCUUUCACUACUAAAGAGAUCAUCGGCUUCACGAUCGGCUCGGCCUCUUCGCUGCUCUACCUGUGCUCCAGGUUACCUCAGAUGUACACGAAUUUUCGCAGGAAAUCUACAGAAGGCGUGUCGUACUUCCUGUUUGCGCUGGUGAUUCUGGGAAACAUCACGUACGGCCUGAGCGUGCUGCUGAAGAACCCGGAGCACGGGCAGGGCGAGGGCAGCUACAUCAUCCACCACCUGCCCUGGCUCAUAGGCAGCCUGGGGACGCUCUCCCUCGACCUCCUGAUAUCAGUGCAGUUCAUGAUUUACCGCGGAGCUCCAGUGAAUCUCUACGGCACGGCGGAGGAGACCACCGCUCUCCUGUACAACUGAACCAGCAUCCUCCACGAGCCGUGCUCUGCACUUACAUUCCCCCUCACACACACACACACACACACACACACACACCGGAGCAUACAGGACUGUACAGAGCGCAUCGGUUUAUUCCUCAUCCUAUCUGAUCUCAUUUUUUUGUUUGUUUUUACAUUUUUUUAUUUAUAGUAGUUUUUUUAUCGGUGGGUUUUGUGGGUUGGUUCUAAUGUAGCGUUCUUAAGUAGUUUUUACAAUUUUAAACAAAAGGGACUCGUUUUGAACCUCAUUCUUUUAUAGUACUUGUAUUUGGUGUUUUGCUGUUUUCACAAAUCCAAUUGUGAACUCUGUUAAUAGCAGUGUUUUUUUUUUUUCUUUUCAUUUUAUCUGUGGAAAAUCGGUGCCUUUACAUUGAUGUUAAUGGUUGUAUACUGUAAUACAUCUAGUUGUGUACAUUUAGUUAUAAAAUUUGAUGCCUGUACUGUGCUGCAUGUUAAAUGCAUGAUUUUAAAUUACAUUGAAAUUUUGAAAUUUGAAAAAAAAAAAUUAAAAUUUAGAUACUCUUAAUUUUUUAAAAAAGUUUAUUUUUAUAAUUCAGUCCUGUUGUUUCAUUUUAAUUGAUUUUGCUGCUCAAGUUUUGCCUUGAUAUCAGUGAAGGAUGCUCUGACUGAAUUUUUGCUCCAAGAGUGGCAUAAAGUUAUCCAAAAGCAGUGUGUAAGACUGGUGGAGGAGAACAUGAUGCCAAGAUGCAUGAAAAAAACUGUGAUUAAAAAAGGCUUUUUUGUUUGUUUGUUUUAGCCCAAAAAAGUUUAUUUUUAUAAUUCAGUCCUUUUGUUUUAUCCUAAUUGAUUUUGCUGCUCAUUUUUUUUUUUGCCUUGAUCUCAGUGAAGGAUUCUCUGUUUCGGUCACAAAAUGUUUUACAGCAAAGCAUUUUUGAAGGUUUUUUUGGUCAUUAUUUUAUUAUUUUCUUUUUAUUCUAACCCUAGUCCAAUUCCCUCUAACUACUAUUACACAAAACCACACGCUCCGGGAGGAAGAGAGCAUCUUAUUAAACUUCCACUGGAUGCAGCGCUGCUCUACAGCUCAACAUGCUCGGAGGAGAACACUAAUAAAACACUGCCGGUUCUGUUACAUGAAGAGUGAUGGAGGGAAAGAGAAGACCAUUCUACCCAGUUAUGCCCUUCAGGAUUGCUAAUGGAUCACAUGCUGGACUUAACUGGUGGCCUCUUGAUAAUUGAGCCAUAAUUACGUAGACUUCUGUGCUACUCAGAAGCUCUCUCAGUCAGAUAUCAGAAAUCAGAGAUUACACAUCUGCCGUUUAACAUUGUUUAUUGAUGUUGCACGUUCAGAAAAACUCAAUACUAUCAGUAAAUGUUGAUUAAUGUUAUAACCGCAAUGUGUUUAUCCAUAAUUAACAUACACAGACCAAGAAGUUCAUGUUUCUGCCCUGAGAAAUCUCCAACAUUAAAACAUUAUUCAUCAUAUUUGAGGCUUUAUUUGCUUUCCACUUGUUUUUGCUUGAGAAAAUUGUAUGUAUGUUGUAUAAAAACUGUAUAAUAACAGGCUAUCAAUGAUUGAAUGUUUCAUGCUUCACCAAUGGAAGUGUUGUACAAACUGUCGCUGUCAAAUGAAAAAAAGUAUCUCCAAAGUGGCAACUUUACAGAAUAAAGAUAAAACCUACUUAA